AUGAAGCUUCAUCCGGCCGCCGCUGUCUGCUGCCUUGUCCUCGUCUUCCUUUUCGAUGCUGCUCUGGUGGAGGCCCGAAGCACACCUUCGGCUCAGGGACAGUGGUCCAGCAUGUUCGUCUUCGGCGACGACUUCGCCGACAACGGCAACCUCCCCAAGCUGAAGCGCGGCCAGACUCCGUCUGAAUCUAUCGGGGAGGACACCACCCGCCAGUGGAGCUAUCCCUACGGGUCAUAUCUCAGCUCUCGGGGACCAACCCCUAUUCCAAGCGGACGCUUCUCCAACUACCACAUUCAGUCAGAUUUCAUCGCGAGGAUAUUGGGUCUCACUGAAGCCCCUCCGGCAUACGUGCUCACCCCAGAUCAAUCUUGCGAUCCAUCGGGCAUGACACUUGCCUUUGGCGGCGCCGGCGUGCACACGGUGUCCAAGAGUGCGCCAACCCUCACCGCGCAGGUCAACAUGUUCACCAGCCUAGUCAACGACGGGGUCAUCUCGAAGGACCAGCUCCGCCGCUCCAUAGCUCUCGUCGCCAUCUCCGGCAAUGAUUACCUCAGCGGCGCCGACGUUGAGGAAGCCCACUUGAGCAGCUUCAGCGACAUGAAUACCUACAUUGGGGGUGUGACCUCUGAGAUCGUGAAGAACGUGGAGCGGCUGCAGAAGCUCGGCCUGAGGAAGGUGAUCGUGAACAACCUGCACCCCAUCGGCUGCACGCCUCUGAAAUCCAGCUCGAGCAACUACACCACGUGCGACCUUCUCGGCAACUACGGAGCUGCUCUGCAUAACAACAACCUGGAAAGGUUGAUGGGCAGGAAGAACAAUGCCCACAUACUGGACCUCUACACCGCCUUCACCGACAUUGUCAACCACGCCUCCCGUGGACUGUCGGAUGACGCCAAAAGGUUCAACCGCAAUUUAGCCCCGUGCUGCGUGAGCGCUUAUGAUAAUGGGUACUGUGGGCAGCGCAGCCCUUCAGGAGAGCGCCUCUACGAGCUGUGCGAGAAUCCCGACAAGUACUUCUACUGGGACGAGAUGCACCCCACCAAUGCUGGGUGGAAGGCCGUGAUGAAGGCGCUAGAAGAGCCUUUGAAGGAGUUCCUUGAUCGGGACUAUGUUCCUUGA